UCACAGCCACAAACACAAAAACUUGUGGCACUGCGUGUGUGAAAACAAAAGGUAAAAACGCAAUUAUACAAUUUCACCACAACUAGAAUGGAGGAGGAUUACUAUAUGAUCCUGGGCGUGGAUCCCAAAGCUACCGAGUUGGAAAUCAGGCAGGCCUACAAACGAAUGGUACUCAUUUACCAUCCGGAUAAGAACAAACAUCCACGAACGACGGCUCAAUUCCGGAAGAUCAAGGAAGCAUUCGAUGUGCUGUCAGAUCCGACGUCCAGGAGGGCAUACGAUGGAGCCGUUGAGCGAUCGAGGCCUGCGGAUACAAGGAAUAAUUCUCAUAAUUCGGGGGGUUACCAGCCAAACGGAUUCAGCCAAAGUGAAACGGAAUCCAUGGGCAUUAUGCCCACUGUGUGCGCCGUUGGCGGACUGCUGGUGGGUCUUUUUAUUGGAAUAGGAGCCUACAGGACAAUGAGCGGAUCGAAUAAUAAUCAUUAGGUAACACACCAAGUCUACAUAGCACAUAUCGGCAACACAAUUUGACGAAGUCUUUAUCAUUUAUAUAUUUUAUUAUAUAUUAUAUAUCAUAAUUAUCAAUAUUAUAUUAUUUUAUCCAAAUAUUUGAAUGGGUAAAUGUUGUAUAAGUUGCGAAUAUAAGAAAGUACAUGAAAUGUGUGGUAUAUGGGAAAAAAUUUGAAUAAAUCGUGAUCGUCUUGUGCUUACUAAAACCCAG